AUGGUCAAACAGUUUCUCGUGGUCAGUGAGAAGUGUGGGGCUGGCGCAAAGCCAAGAGACAUGUCGCCCGGGUUCAUUGCUCUGGGAUUCGGCUCGGUUACGCAGUUUCAGAAUUUGAGCAGAGUCCAUGCGAUUUCAAAGCACCAGAAAAAUGAAAUCGACCUUCAAGCAAGCAACACCGCUGUUUCAUUCUAUAGAUCUCUCGGGUUUCGACGCAUCAGCUCCUCACCGUAUUUUGCAUACUCGUUCCAUCCAAAUCAUAGAGCACAGUCGAUCAUCCCCGACAGGGACUUUGAUCCUCAGAUCGAGCCUUUGGACGACCGGGAAUAUGAGCCGGGAAUGGGAGAUUAUAUCAUCCCCUAUGGAGUAGGAAUCCAGCUCGGACAGAGGACUUUAUCAACGCUGCAGAGGGAAUUUCCACUGCACCAUGCUGCAACUACACUUCCUGAUCUGGAGUGCGUGGAGUACCUUAAGAAAGCGGCUAAGGAGAAUGAUUUCUCUGGCCACUGA